GCGUGGUGAUCUCAGGAUGGAAACUAUACUGUCAGCUAGGCAGAUCCGGCAAAAGUUCAUUGAUUUCUUCAAGGAGCACCAGCACACCUAUGUCCACUCAUCUGCGACUAUCCCCUUGGACGAUCCUACGCUGCUCUUUGCCAAUGCUGGCAUGAAUCAGUUCAAACCCAUUUUCCUCAAUACCCUUGAUCCCUCCCACCCCAUGGCUAAACUGACCAGAGCCGCCAAUACCCAGAAGUGCAUCCGAGCUGGGGGCAAACACAACGACCUGGAUGAUGUGGGGAAAGACGUCUACCACCACACCUUCUUUGAGAUGCUGGGGUCCUGGUCAUUUGGAGAUUACUUCAAGGAACUGGCUUGUAAACUGGCUCUGGACCUUCUCACCGACGAGUUCGGCAUCCCCAUUGAAAGACUCUAUGUCACUUACUUUGGUGGCAACAAGGCAGCCGGAUUAGAGCCAGACCUUGAGUGCAAACAGAUCUGGCGGGAUUUGGGACUGGCUGAGAGCAAGAUUCUGCCUGGCAGCAUGAAGGAUAACUUCUGGGAAAUGGGAGACACAGGCCCCUGCGGCCCCUGCAGUGAGAUUCAUUAUGACCGGAUUGGGGACAGGGAUGCCUCGCACCUCGUCAAUCAAGAUGACCCCAAUGUCUUGGAGAUCUGGAACCUGGUGUUCAUACAGUUUAACAGAGAGGCUGACGGGACCCUGAAACCCCUUCCCAAGAAGAACAUUGAUACUGGGUUGGGUCUGGAAAGGCUGGUGUCUGUGCUGCAAAACAAGAUGUCCAACUAUGACACUGAUCUCUUCAUCCCCUACUUUGAAGCCAUCCAGAAGGGCACUGGGGCCAGGCCGUACACAGGGAAGGUUGGUGCUGAGGAUGUAGACGGUAUAGACAUGGCAUACCGAGUCCUGGCAGACCACGCCCGAACUAUCACCGUGGCUCUUGCUGAUGGAGGGAGACCUGACAACACUGGCAGAGGGUAUGUUCUGAGAAGGAUUCUCCGGCGGGCCGUGCGCUACUCCCACGAGAAGCUCAAUGCCCCCAAGGGCUUCUUCGCCUCACUGGUCGACGUCGUGGUGCAGUCGCUGGGCGACGCGUUCCCCGAGCUAAAGAAGGACCCGUAUAUGGUGAAGGAUAUUAUCAAUGAAGAGGAGGUUCAGUUCCUGAAAACGCUCAGUAGAGGGCGCCGCAUCCUGGACAGGAAGAUCCAGAGCUUGGGAAACAGUAAAACGAUCCCUGGGGACACUGCCUGGCUGUUAUACGACACCUAUGGUUUCCCCGUGGAUCUCACUGGACUCAUUGCUGAGGAGAAGGGCCUCACUGUGGACAUGGAAGGCUUCGAGGAAGAGCGGAAGAUGGCUCAGCUGAAGUCUCAGGGCAAGGGAGAUGGGGCGGAAGACCUCAUCAUGCUGGACAUCUAUGCUAUUGAAGAGCUCCGCACCCGGGGACUGGAGGUAACCGACGACUCGCCUAAAUACAACUACACGUCGGAUCCCAGUGGUGUCUACGAGUUUGAGAGCCCAGUGGCCACUGUGCAAGCAAUCCGCAGGGAGAAGAGGUUUGUGGAGGAAGUAUCCACGGGCCAGGAGUGCGGCAUAGUGCUGGACAAGAGCUGCUUCUACGCCGAGCAGGGCGGGCAGAUCUAUGACGAGGGCUACCUGGUCAAGGACAACGACAGCAGCGAGGAUAAAACGGAGUUCACGGUGAAGAACGUGCAGAUCCGAGGGGGCUAUGUGCUUCACAUAGGAAUGGUCUACGGGAGCCUGAAAGUGGGAGACCAAGUCCGUCUGUAUAUUGACGAGCCAAGGCGGAGACCCAUCAUGAGCAACCACACUGCCACCCACAUCCUCAACUUUGCCCUGCGCUCGGUGCUGGGGGACGCCGACCAGAGAGGGUCCCUGGUUGCCCCAGACAGGCUGCGAUUUGACUUCACCGCCAGGGGAGCCAUGUCCACCCAAGAGAUCAAGAAAACCGAAGAGAUUGCCAACCAAAUGAUAAAGGAAGCCAAGACUGUGUAUGCCAAGGAUUGCCCUCUGGCAGCAGCAAAAGCUAUCCAGGGCCUGCGGGCUGUGUUUGAUGAGACCUACCCCGAUCCCGUGCGUGUCGUCUCCAUUGGCAUCCCCGUGGAGGACAUGCUGGCUGAUCCCUCCAGCGCCGCUGGCUCCAUCACUUCCAUCGAGUUCUGUGGAGGGACACACCUGCAGAACUCAAGCCAUGCUGGCCCUUUUGUGAUUGCCUCUGAAGAAGCGAUUGCUAAAGGCAUCCGGAGGAUAGUUGCAAUCACUGGUGCUGAGGCGCUGAAGGCACUCAGGAAUGCGGACAGCCUCAUGAAAUCGCUCUCUGCCCUGGAUGCCAAAGUGAAGGUCCAGACUGCUCCCAACAAGGACGUGCAGAAGGAGAUUGCAGACCUCAGUGAGACACUGGCUACCGCAGUUAUCCCACAGUGGCGGAAGGAUGAGCUGAGAGAGGCGCUCAGAGCACUGAAGAAGGUUAUGGAUGACUUGGACCGCACAAGCAAAGCAGACGUCCAGAAACGAGUGCUGGAGAAGACCAAGCAGCUCAUUGACAGUCAUCCUAACCAGCCACUGGUGGUCCUGGAAUUGGAGAGUGGAGCUUCAGCAAAGGCCCUGAAUGAAUCUCUGAAGCUAUUCAAGGCUUAUUCCCCUCAGACUGCGGCCAUGCUCUUCUCAGUGGAUAACGAAGCUGGAAAGAUCACCUGCUUAUGCCAAGUACCUCAGAGGCAGAUGCUGAGAAAUCGCACUGACCAUUCCAAUGCAGAACUCAGCACCGAGACCAGUUCCUCUGGCAAUGCUGCCACCAUCGGCAUCAACUCAUUCGUCAGCACCGGCAGACAGAUCGAGAAUGGCGCUGACCGUCUCGACAAAGGUGGACCACAAUAA